AGUGGAUAUGUUUAGCAUGUGUUGCUUCUGUUUCAAAAAGAGGAAAUCGGCUGAUGUUUACACUGUCGAUGGUGUUUCAUAUACUCGUAGGGACCAGUUGGGGGAAAACCAAGCGGGGAGAGGCAGCGGUUCAAAUCCCACUCGGACGACCAGAGAAGCCCAGACUCAAACUAUAGAGAACUAUGCUCAAUGGUCCAAACCUUCAGACAUUAGACUCAAUUCUAGCUCAGUGGACAUCAUCAAUAGCCAGUAUGAAGAACACAUGUACCAAAGUUACCUGCAAUUCUGGAACAAUUAUAGGAAGAGUCGACCAGCCAAUAGGCAUAGACCACGAAGACCCCGUCCCCGAAAACCGGACCAGGUGCACAUAGACGCAAAGAAUGUCGUUAUAAGCGGCCAGCUGUACACCGGGAACUACGAGAGGAACCUUCCGGGUGUGUAUGUGCUUAAGGAUAACAAAGGCUCCAGGGAAACUGUUGUCUAGUACACCCGUUUAUUUCUGUGGUGACGUCUCAGUUGGU